UCGGCCGAGCAGCGGCCCCAGGAGCUUGUCUUGAACAAGCAAGCCGCUUCCCAAGGUACCUUACCCCCCGCCUUGUAUCAUUGUACUGGAGGUAUUUCGGCCGGCUCCAUAUCGCACAGUUCGGACUCGUGGCGGGGUAUUAUGUAAGGCGAUUUGCUGGCAGCACUGGCAUUUGGGGGGCCUAGUACCCCUCGCUGCUUACCGCUGUCCUCUCUCCAGACCCCCGGGGUGCGCAUCAGCCUAUCGGCCCCAGCAAGAUCGCAUGUGUGGUGUAGGACAUCCAGGGUCUACCAUUGACGGUGUUCGGAAACUCUAUGACCAAGUCCUAUGGGCAGAUGGCCAGCUGAAACGUAUUGGGAGUACCAUGCCGCCUUAUCUGCGCAGGUUUAAGCACGACAGAAUCUCAGGAUGAGGAAUUUUUUGACAGGUUAAGGCGCAUCCACCUUCUCUCCGUUGCACACAAGACAUUCACAAUCCACCGGCAUUUUCAAUUACGAUGCUUUCGGGAGAAAGAGUUUGCAUACACACAGAUGUCAUGCGUCUCUAUUGCCAUAAAUUCUGGACGGGACGCUCAGUGCUGGGUCAUGACACCACUCACAGAGAUAACCUUAAAAAUGUGGACGGUUAUCACACAUAUAAUUGCGUGCCCUUACACUCAUCUGUCAUUGUGACCAAUUCAUGAUCUACGAUACCGCCGAGUUACAUCAGCUCGCGCUGGUUGGCAGAGAUGCCAUUUGGAAUAUGCAAGACUGGUGUACCAUUGCUAAAAGAGGAGUUCGGCUUAUCGAUGUAUUGUUGGACCUUCACGACAUACUACCAAACGAGCAAUCUCAGCAACCUAGCCUCGAAUUGAUUAUCCUGGGACUCAUAGGCUCUCCACUCUUGCUCGCAAACCGGAUCCGAUCCUCGUUCGUGCAGUUUGUGAAGAAGUCCUUAGAUGAUCCGAACAUGUUGGUACCCAGGGCUUGCGGAAUGUCAUGGCCUGUCAGCUGCUAAUCUCACACACGGACCCACAAGAUGCUGCUCGGACCCCUCCUUGACGUUUUCAUUGCUUACCUUAGGACGUAAGAGACCCUGCCGGGCCAGGAUCCGACCCUACUCGCAACCCCGGCCGAGCGCCCGGCUCCAUCCCCGGUCGUCCACUACAUGGCCCCGAAGUCUGGAGGUCAGUGGUCAUUGGCAGGGGGCCAUUGUACGACCCUCAAGUUGAGGGUUAUUUGCUUUGUGCACUGCUCGACUAGAUAUAUCUACACUAUAUAUCAUCUGGUAUCAAACACUGCAGUGCUCUUGACCGACCACCACUACACUUGCUGCCCUUGAUCAUCGCAGUUUGCCCUAUCUCAGCUAGAGCCUUUUCCACCAUGGAAAUCAAAAAAUAUUACCUUGCACCAACCGCGCUCGUCCCAAAUUCACCGCUGCCUCUGCUCCAUUACGUGGGGGCCAUAGCCCCCGGAGACGAUGCCAAAGUCCGAUUCUAUGACCUCCUCAGGGCAAACAACUGGGAGUUGCAGUGGCUCGUCCGAUAUGGCCCAACCCAAGAAGCUCACUACCACUCGGGCAUUCAUGAGUGUAUGGCCGUCUUGUCUGGCGAGGCAACGAUCAGGUUCGGUGCUGCAGACACGACCCCCGAUCUGGAGGCGAGUACGAACGGGGUGGGCAAAGAGCCGGGGGGUCUUGAGAUUCAAGCUCAUGCUGGCGAUGUCUUUUUGAUCCCUGCAGGAGUCUGCCACAAAACCUUCAAUCCCAUACCGAACCCUGGCUUCGAACGACUCACACCCGGAGAUGGCCACUCGGUCGAUGCAGCCGACGUAAGAAAAUUUGUUUCAGAGGUUGAGCUCUCCGGAUUUACAAUGAUGGGCUGUUACCCCCAAGGUCAUGGCACGUGGGACUUUCUCACAGGUGGCGAAGGUAACUACGAAAAGGCAUGGAGUGUUCCCAUCCCAGAGCGUGAUCCAAUCCUGGGCACGUCCCCUGAUGGAAUCCUCGGCACUUGGAGAUGGCCAAAUCAUUAGGUGAUCUUGAGGUCAAUCCUGUCACACGACAUGUUCUUGAUUCAUUAAUGGCACAGCCGAUAACACGCUCGCCGCCCUGCGGUGUUGUCUGCAUACCUUGAUACAUGAGAUUCGACCUACAUAUGAUAAGAUCAGCUAAGCUACUAGUGCUUACAUUCUUGUACGAAGGAGGUUUGCUCAAUCAAGCUCCAUCAAGUAUUCAUUUCCUGUGGUACAUGAUCUCCCUCACCGAUGAACCUUGGGUAAUCAUCAUGUGCGGGGGGGUUGCGAAAGUACCACUGUAGGUAGGUACUUUAAGCGUAUUAGGUACUAGCUAGAUAUCGAGACCUAGAGACUGGCGCUAUCUUAUAACACUCGAUACUAUAUUGUUCGAUAAGUUCCCGGACCUCGUUUAUAUAAUAGGACAAGUCCCUCACGUGCUUGGUGAAACC